AUGUCUUCAACUCCUAUGGGAUCAUGCCCUCUCGGCGGUAAAUGGUGGAUUUGUCUGGAUCAGUCGCCGACAUUCUUCGGUUGUUGCGCCAGUGAUCCAUGUAAUGGAGUCGGUUGCCCUGAAAAAGACCUCCUACCUGCAGGAAUGGGGACAGCAGGUGGUCCGGAUGCUUCUAGCAACGAUGGAUCAUACUGGCCAAAUGCGGAUUGCCCUAACGGAGGAGUCUGCAAUGAACCUGGUUCGAUCGAGAAAUUCGAUCCAUGUCACGAAAAUGGUUGCCCGUCGUCAAGGCUUUACGCUGCAGCAUUCAGUAGCGUUCCAGCUACAUCUGCCUCCGUUCUUGCCUCCAAGUCUUCAUCUGUCACCACCUCAUCAUUGUCCGUUUCGUCAUUUUCGACUUCAUCGUCCUCGACUUCAUCAUCUUCGGCAUUAUCUUCGAUCUCUUCAUCUUCUUCGAAAUCUUUGUUCUCUACUUCCUCAUCCACUGUAAGAAAUUUCGCCGCUGACACCAGUUCGACUGAAACUCCGUCAUCUCAAGGAUCGGCCACAACGAGUGCGAUAGUAGGUUCAACUGGGCACAAUUCAAACUCAAAAUUACCCACCACUGCCAUCAUAGGGAGCGCUUUAGGUGGAGUGGUUGUUAUACUACUUGUUCUCUUAAUUAUCUUUUGCCUCCAACGACGUAAAAAGAGAGCCCCGUUGGCAGGUGCAGUCGAGCCAUAUUAUCAAUCGCCACCUCAAGACAUGUCUAUGGUCAAAGUAGCUUCGUCGCCUUUCGUAUAUGAGGGCAGCCCUUCAGACGCUAAAGCGCAGAAAGAUUGUCGGCCAGUAUCAGAGAUACCAUUAUCUCCACCUCUCAGUCCUGCCCCGCCAUAUCAAUCCGCGCCUCAAUCUCCAAACUUCCCUAAUUACCAUGAGAUCGACUCUUCUAUUUUACAUGAAGUCGAAUCACCGCCUCUUCAACAAAGAUCAUUUAAUUCUCGACCAGGGACAGUAGAACUGCCAGAUACAUCCGAGGAUUCCUUCCGAGCAUCAUUACCGGAAGUCUUGAAGUCGGGGCCAUCCAGAAACUGA